CUGUCAUUCUUUCUGACUCAUCAGAUCAUUAAUAUCCUGGAAGAGGAGUCGUCGCUUACUUGGGAUCAUUUUGUAUGAGUUUCUUCCUCUAUUGAUAACCCAACAAACUAACUAGCAAAAGAUAUUCCGCUUUGAUUCCUUUUCCCCUGUGACGCAACCCACAGCAGACGACUAAGUUUUUAAUACCUAUUUACUACUAGGUAAAACAGAGGCAGCAGGUGUAUGGAGACUUGGCUACAUGUGCCACCCCGCUCAGAGGACCCUGGGUCCUCUGGGUUCCUAGCGGAAUGCUCUGACACAAAGCCUACAGGAUACACUUUCCUCCCUCAGGCCAUGGUGGAGAGUGGCCGGGUGGAACUCCUGAUGCACCCAUUGACGCAGACCUUCCUGGAGAUGAAGUGGCAGGCAUACGGCAGGUACAUCCACCUCUCUAACCUGUUUGUUUACCUGGUAUAUCUCUUCCUGGUGACCGUCUUUGCUGUCGGUGUCCUGGGAAACAACAGCCUUGUCUCUGCCUUCGUCAACGCCUCGCAGCACUUCGACUACAGCAACACCACUGACGACUUUGAUCGCUAUGUUUACAAGGUGUGUGAGAGAAAAUACGUAAUGCGGGCUACUUCAGAAGAGGGAGGGAGGGAAAGAAAAAAAAGAAUGAAAAGAGGAAGACCGGGAAGACUUCCUUCACAUAAUUACAUUUUCUGUAAUGUCUCAAACUAGCGCACAUGAAGACCAUAAAACA